CCUAAUCAAAUCCAACGACUAGAAACAUUCACACGUGCCAUCUCUCCAUAUCCACCGUCCGUUUAGAUCCACCAGCAGCACCAUUCAGAAGUAAGUAGCUCAAGAGUUUCUUCAAAAAGGCAGAAUCCAAUCCAGAUCCAAUCUCCCAUUGAAGAGGAGAAAUAACUGCAUUAUCGAGCUCUAUCUAUGGUGGAAGCUCAGUCAUGGACUACUCGCCGGAACAGCAAUCCUCGCCUGGAAUCAUAUCCAGAUCAGGUUCUCGAUAUUCCGGCAACUCCAACCGGAGAAGAACGAAACGGCGGCGUUUCUUCAUCAUUCCUAUCUCCAAACCUAUUGACCGCAGCUAUAAUCGGAUCCUGGUACUUUUCAAACAUAGGUGUUCUUCUUCUUAACAAGUAUCUUCUUAGCAUUUACGGUUUUCGUUAUCCGAUCUUCCUUACUAUGCUUCAUAUGCUUUCAUGUGCCGCUUAUAGUUUUAUCGCCAUUAGAUGGCUUGAAUUCGUUCCAUUCCAGCAAAUCCUAUCUCGCCGUCAGUUUAUGAAGAUCUUCGCACUCUCUGUCAUUUUCUGUUUCUCCGUUGUUUGUGGUAAUACAUCUCUUCGUUACCUUCCUGUUUCGUUUAAUCAAGCAAUCGGCGCCACUACGCCUUUCUUCACCGCGAUUUUCGCUUUUCUCAUCAUUUGUAAGAAGGAAUCAGCUGAAGUUUACCUCGCUCUUCUUCCGGUAGUGCUCGGCAUUGUUCUCGCUAGUAAUAGCGAGCCUCUGUUUCAUCUAUUUGGAUUCAUUAUCUGCGUUGGAUCAACCGCGGGAAGAGCGUUGAAAUCGGUUGUUCAAGGGAUAAUAUUAACAUCAGAAUCGGAGAAAUUGCAUUCAAUGAAUCUGUUGCUUUAUAUGGCUCCAAUGGCUGCUUUGAUUUUACUUCCUUUAACUCUGUAUAUUGAAGGGAAUGUACUAGCGGUUACAAUUGAGAAAUCGAAAGGCGAUUGGUUCAUUGUCUUCUUACUGAUUGGUAACGCAACCAUUGCGUAUUUGGUGAAUUUGACAAACUUCCUUGUAACGAAGCAUACGAGCGCUCUAACGUUGCAGGUUUUGGGGAAUGCGAAAGCUGCUGUGGCUGCGGUUGUGUCUGUGCUGAUAUUCAGGAAUCCGGUGACUGUAAUGGGGAUGACAGGUUUUGCUGUCACGGUUAUGGGUGUUGUGCUUUACAGUGAAGCUAAGAAAAGAUCCAAAAUCACAGCUCAUUGAUUCAAAGAUUCAAGAUUCAAGAUCCAAGAUCCUAUCAAUUAGCAUAUACAAACACGGGUUAGAUCCUUUAUUUCUAUAUGCCUUAAAUUUUCCAUGGAUAAGUGAUCAUCUUUGUUCUGUAUAGAAUUUGUUGAAGUUGUAGAUUGAAGGUCAUUCAUUUACAAUGUCUCUAUCUCUUUCACUCAAUUCACUACCAAAACUUGAAUUGCAAAUGAAACCAUAUUGCCCAAACACAGUUCUUUGUCAAUGGGUAUUGAUUGAAUUACAUUAAAUGUGACUAAAUUUUGUUUGUGAAUUUUGUGUUCUUAUUCAAUUAUAAUGUAUUUGGUUGU